CGGUCCGGCUUCGACCUUAUCAGUCCAUAGUAUUCACUCAUAGCAAGCCUUUUUCCAUCUCAAGACUAGAAAGACGAGUCCACACUUACUCAAGCUGUCUUGUCGUAUAUUCAUUCAGUGUCCAUUCCGUCCGACUAUCUCGUCUCAAGAUGCAGCUAAUCUCGGCGGCUAUCUCCAGUCUUGUGCCGCUAACUCUGGCUAAGUCGGUUCUGGUCUCUUUCCCUGCAGGGACUCCAGAUUCGGUGCUUCAGCAGGCCAAAGAUUCCGUUCUGAAUGCUGGUGGCCAGAUUACACAUGAGUUUACUCUGAUCAAAGGCUUUUCGGCCGACUGUCCGGAAGAAGCUAUCCAGCAGAUAUCAACCCAGUCCGCAGCUUACAAACCCACAAUCGAACAAGAUCAAAUGGUCUCGAUCCAGUAAAAUGAACCGCUGCUGCUUCAAGUUGGAGGAGGUCUGAGGUUGUUCGUCGUCACUUGGCUUACCUCCUGCUGGUCUCGGGAGUUUGAGAUGUCCAAUGUCGGCAACUAACGGGCUACUUCUUGAAAACAACAAUGUUAUGAUAAUGAUGGCUAUGAGGGAUUUUGGGGGCGCGCCGGAAUAUAAUUCGAAUCUGUCUUCAGGUCUUUGCGUUGAAUAUAAUAGGUAGUUAUCUUGGGAUCUUGUGUCUUGCUUGCCCGGUGUGCGGCCAAGUCCCCCUGAAUAGUUAUUACGUACAGUACAAUGGAAUUGUUAUUCGCG